AUGUUGGGUUUGGGUGCGGAGCGGUUGCGACUCGACAUGAAUCGCUUGCUCGCCCUACUCUUUCACCAGGGAGUGUUGGACGAGCAAUUCUUGCAACUACAACAGCUCCAAGAUGAAGCUUCUCCCAACUUUGUCUCCGAGGUUGUCAACAUUUACUUCCAUGAAUCCGAGAAGCUCCUCAGGAAUCUCAGAGUUUUGCUGAUGGAGAGUGAAAUAUGGGACUACAAGAAAAUGGGAAUGCAUUUGAACCAGUUGAUGGGAAGCAGCUCCAGCAUUGGAGCCAAACGAGUCAGAAAUGUAUGCGUGGCCUUUCGUGCUGCUGCCGAACAAAACAACCGUUUUGGGUGUUUGAGAGCCUUAGAGGCACUUGACCAUGAAUACUGCUAUCUCAAGAACAAACUCGUAGAACUAUUCCAGCUAGAGCAACAGCGGGUUUUAGCAGCUGGAGUGAGAUACCCACUACUUCAUCUUCCUCAGACUAAUUAG